AGAACGCGGUAAUGCUACAUAAAUUCAUAUAAAUCGUACCUUACAACACUGUUUUUAGGUAAUCCCGCUGAUAACACGUUGUUCUUGCUGAUAAUGUAUUAUCAGCGACUAAUGUUUCCGAUCCCGCGAACAUGGCUCCUUUUACGAUCACUUGAAAUGUCAAACGGCUUGGGAUAUACCAAAUAAAACAACGUUUCUUGGAUGUGAUAAAGAUCAUUGAAUAAAAGAAGAUAUCGUACGAGACGUGAUUCGGAUAUCAAAAGAAUUCGAAACUGAGGACAACGAAGAGGAGACAGAUUUUACUGGCGAACGGGAGGAUCAGAACCUAAAAGGAUGGACGAAUAUUUUGUUGAAGGGCCGCCGGGAAAUUUUGACAAGGCCACUCUAGAGAUCAACGAGGAACUCGACGGCAAUGAACUCGCCGGCCAAAAUUCUAUAUCCUCUGGAGCUAAUAACACUCAGAAGAAGAAUCAGGAGAACGAAGGAAAGAACCAGGCUGCUGUAUCGUCGAGGGACGUUUCUAACAUUCCCUUCAAGCAUGUAGAUAUCCAUUCGUUCUUCUCUGACAGGAACGAAGUCGUGGAGAGAGCGUUGAAGGACUGUCAAGACAGUUUGAUAAACGAGGAAGAGAAGAACAUUGUUGGAAGCUGGCUUUUGACAGAAAUAAGUCUGUGGGACACUGAGAAAGAAAGACUGGUAAUUCUUACGACGAAAGCUAUUUACUCGAUUAAGUACGAUUUUAUCUCUUUAAAGAUACUCGAGUACAAUCGAGUGCCUCUGUCUCAGAUCGAUACUUUAGUCUCCGGUGAACUAGUUUACCCAACGGCGUCUCUAGCACCAAAACGACACAUGUCUGGAAUAAGACUGAUGUGGAACAAGGGUAAUCCACUGCCAAUCACCAAGAAGUGGAAUCCCUUCGCGAAGGACAUUCCAUGGCUGACUUACGCCAGCCACCCACUGUUUUGGUACAAAGGAUUGGAAACAGAAUCGGCCAAGUUCAACGUGGAGGGUUUGCAGUCGUCGAUCAAAGAACUUUUGCCGUCGGAGUGCAGCAUGAGGGACGGGCUCAUUAUCAUAGAGAACUACUGCGGUGUCGGUGCCUUGGUACACAACAGAAACGGCUUGGGUUUCUUCAAGAUACGCGGCAAAGUCAGCUUUUAAUCUAACACUUAUCUGAAGACCCCUCGCGCUUCUAUUUAUUAUAACGAAACAUCACGACUAGACGUACACGCGUAAUUUAUACAUAAUUAUAGUAGGAUGUCUCGACUAAUUAUAGUUAUUUAUCCCAACGUUUCUGUUUCGAAAUCCUUUCUCAAGCAUAUCGAAUUCUUCUACUGCGUAUAAUGUGAAUUUUUACUCAGUACCUGCUGUCAGAUAAAUAAAUAAAUAAAUAUAAAUGAAA